AUGUUAAAGUUAUUGUUCUGCGUCCUAUUUCUCGCUGGUGUGCGAGCUGAGUCUAAGAGAGAAUAUGUGAAGAUAUCGCAAGCGGAAUUGCCUAGAAUCAUGGAAACCUCGUUAACAUGUAUCACAGAGACUAAUGCAGAUGCAGACACUCUGCAAAAACUUUUAACAUUGACCCUAAAUGACUCAGAAAAUGUGAAAAAGUUUCUGUACUGCUUCCUGAACCGAGGUGGAUAUGCCGAAAACACUGGUCACAUUAUAAUGAAGAAUGUCAUACCAUUUGUUCAGAAUCAUAGAAAAAGGAAUGAAUUUAUCUCAGUGCUAGAAGAGUGUAACCGUCUGAACGGAAAAAACAAAUACGAAACAAUCUUCAAAAUAUCAACUUGUGUUCGAGAUAAGACUCCUAUAAUUUUUACUAUAUGA